AUGGAUUUUGUAAAUGUUCUUAUGUCUGUUGUUGGAAGAGUUGGAGCGUUUGCAUAUGCUCCUAUUAUAGAACAAGCGGGUUAUUUGAUAUUCUACGAUGGCAAUUUCAAGAAGCUUGAAGAUCAUAUUAAGGUUGAAGAAGAAAGAAGGAACGGGAAAGAAAUUGAAACUGAUGUGCAAAAAUGGCAGGAGAAGGUGAAUGAGGUCAUUGAAGAGGCAAAUAAGCUUCAAGAAGAUCCUCACCGUGCAAAUGUUGGGUGCUCUGGGUGGUUGUUCCCAAAUUUGCUUUUACGACAUCAACUUAGUAUCAAAGCUACAAAUAUGGCAAAAGAGGUUGUUGAAGUACAAGGAAAAGCGAAGUUCGAUCGAGUUGCGUACCUUCCACCUCUGGAUGGAGUAGGCUCCUCUUCUGGCACAAGUGGUAGUGAAAAGCUUGAGACAAGGGAGUCAAUUAAGGAGGACAUUAUGCAGGCACUUAAAGACCCUAAAGUACACAACAUUGGGGUCUAUGGGCUAGGUGGUAUGGGUAAGACCCAUAUGGUGAUGGAGGUUGCUCAUAUUGCUAAGCAAGACAAAUUGUUUGAUGAAGUAGUUAUGGCCAAUGUAUCCAAAACUCCAGACCUCAAAACAAUUCAAGGGGAGAUUGCAGAUUUGUUGGGUCUGCGAUUUGAUGAGGAGACUGUUGCUGGUAGAGCAUCCCGCCUAAGGCAGAGAAUUAAAGCAGAGAAAACCAUCCUUCUUGUUCUUGAUGAUAUCUGGACCAAACUUGAUUUGAAGAAAGUGGGAAUUCCUUCUAAGGAUGAACAUAAUGCAUGUAAACUGUUGAUGACUUCCAGAAAUCAAGAUGUGCUAGUCGAAAUGGAUGCUCAACCGAAUUUCAGAGUAGAAGUUUUAAGUGAAGCAGAAACAUGGAACUUAUUUCAACUUAUGGCUGGGGAUGUAGUUAAGGAUAUCAAUUUUCAAGAUAUAGCAACUCAAGUGGCAAAAAAAUGUGCAGGUUUGCCUAUUCGGCUGGUGACGGUAGCAAAAGCAUUGAAAAAUAAGGAUAUUCGUGCUUGGAAUGAUGCGUUAAGACAAUUAGAAAGUGUUGAUCAUGAGGGGAUGGAUGCAAUGACUUAUUCUGCUUUGGAGUUGAGUUACAAAUCAUUGGAAAAUGAUGAAACGCAGGCACUUUUCUUGCUUUUUGCUGUCAUAGGACCAGAAAAUAGUGCAGAGUACUUUUUGAAAGUUGCAAUGGGUUUGGACAUAUUCAAGCAUAUAAAUACUGUGGAAGGUGCACGAAACAGACUUUACAAAAUAAUUGGGUCCUUGAAGGCAUCUUGUUUAUUGCUCGAAGGUAACAUAAGCGAGCAUAUCCAAAUGCAUGACCUUGUACGUGAAGUUGCUAUCUCCAUUGCGUUUAAGGUUCGAAAUGCAUUUGUGGUGCAACAGAAGACCGAGUUGAAUGAAUGGUCAACCAACAGUUUUCUUGAGCAGAUCAUAUUAGAUGCGUGUCAUGAGCUUCCUCAAAGGUUAGAUUGUCCUAACGUGAAGCUUUUUGUCUUGGUUGGUGCUAAUCGUUCUUUAGAAAUCCCUGAUACUAUUUUUGAGGGAAUGGGAAGCCUCAAAGUGCUAGAUUUAACAUACAUAAACCUGUCUUCGCUACCCACUUCUUUUCGAUCCCUAACUAAUCUUCAAACGUUGUGCUUGUAUCUAUGUAUUCUGGAAAAUAUGGAAGAAAUAGGAGCUUUGACAAAUUUAGAAAUUCUUUACCUUUGGAAAUCUUCGAUGAGCAAAUUGCCAAGUGAAAUAGGAAAAUUGACUAAACUAAGAAUGCUUGAUUUGAGCGAUUCUGGGAUCGAAGUCUUACCACCCAACAUCAUAUCAAGCUUGACUAAGUUGGAGGAGUUGUACAUGGGCAAUACCUCCAUUAAGUGGGAGGUGGAGAAUUCAGCUAAGCAAAACAAAAAUGCUAGCCUCGCCGAGCUUCGACAUUUGUCUAACUUGACUGCUCUAGAUUUACAAAUCCGUGAUGCUUUGAUUUUGCCAAGGGACUUGAUGUUUGAGAAGCUGGAAAGAUAUAAAAUAGUUGUAGGAGAUGUAUGGGAGUGGUCUGACAAUGAGGAUGAGAACUUGAAAACAUUAAAGCUCAAACUUGGUACCAACAUAAAUUUGGAGUAUGGGAUUAAAGCAUUGAUUAAAAGGGUCCAAAAUUUGUACUUGGAUGAAGUACAUGGAAUUUCAAAUGUGCUUUAUCAGUUGAAUGGGGAAGGAUUCCCAUUGUUGAAGCAUCUCCAUAUCCAAAAUAAUGCUAAAAUGAUGCACAUUGUUGACUCUAUGGGUAGGAAUCAAGUCCAGGUUUCAUUUCUCAACUUGGAAAAACUGGUACUUCACAAUCUUAAAACCUUGGAGAAGAUAUGUCAUGGUCCACUUGCAGUUAAUUCUUUUGGCAAGCUUAGAGUCAUCAAAGUCCAAAAUUGUAACCAAUUAGAAUAUCUUCUCUCAUUUUCAAUGGCUAAAGGGCUUUUGCAACUUUCCCAAAUCGAAGUUUGUCAAUGCAAUUCUAUGAAGAAGAUAGUGUUUGGAGAUUGCGGUGCAAGUGUUGCAUUCCCUAAUUUGGAUACCCUUAAGUUGAGCUCACUCAAUUUGAACAAAAUUUGGGAUGGCAGUCAACCUUCUUUUUCCAAAUUGGCAAACUUGAUUGUGGAGAAUUGUGGUGAGCUAAAGUACUUAUUCUCGUCUACCAUGGUUGGAAGUUUUAAUAGCCUCAAACGGCUUGAAAUUAGUAAAUGUCAUUUGAUGGAUGAGAUAAUAGCCACUGAAGAGAGAAACAAUGAUGCUUCUGCACUGAAUGAGGUUCUAUUCUCCAAACUGGAGACAAUCAUAUUGAAGGACAUGAAAAACUUGGAGACGAUAUGGCACUGGCAAUUUGACACAGUAAAGACGUUGCAAGUCAAAAAUUGUGAGAAAAUUGUAGUGGUUUUUCCUUCUUCAGUCCUGGAAACAUACAAUAAUCUAGAGAUGGUAGAGGUUACAGAUUGUGCUUUAGUGGAAGAGAUAUUCGAAUUGACUUCCAAUGAAAAGAGCUGUAUAGAGGAUACAACACACUUGAAAACAAUUACUUUAGAAGAUUUGCCAAAGCUGAAAAAGACAUGGAGCAGGGAUCCUCAAGGAAUUCUUGGUUUCCAUGAUAUAGAAAAUGUAAAUGUAAUAAGUUGUGGAAGCUUGGACUGUCUAUUUCCACUUUCUGUGGCCAUUCACUGCUCGCAUCUCAAAGAACUUUACAUAAAGUUUUGUGGGAACAUGAAGGAAAUUGUUGCAGAGAUGGAAGAAUCCACGUGGUCAACUCCCAAAUUUGAGUUUGAUGAACUAAAUAUUUUACUGCUUUGGAGCUUACCAAAACUCAAGGGUUUCUAUGCAGGAUAUCAUACUUUAGCAUGUCCGUCUUUGAGAAAAAUAGAAGCUACUGGGUGUGCAAAAUUGAAUUUAUUCAAGACUCUAUCUACAAGUAGCCACGAAAGGUUUCUAGAUGAUAAACUCCCAGUUUCAGUGCAACAAUCUCUUUUCAGCGUUGAAGAGGUGAUUCCAAAUUUGGAGUGGUUGAGAAUAAACCAUGAGGAUGCUAAUGCGAUAUUUCAUGCCGCCCAAAAUUUAGGUGUCCUCUUCCCCAAAAUGACAUUUCUUGGGCUUGCCUUAUCUAAGUAUGAAGAGGUUAUUUUUCCAUAUUGGUUUCUCCAAGAUGUAUGUACUCUUGAGCACCUAGUUGUUGAAUUUAGUUCCUACAAGAAAAUAUUUCAAGAUGAAAAACUAGUAACUGAGAAAAUUUCCACACGGCUCAAAAUAUUGGAACUGUAUGAUUUACCUAAACUUCAACAAAUAUGUGAAGAAGAACCUCAAAUUGACCCAGUUCUUCUGGUUCUUGAAGAAUUAUUUGUUCAUGGAUGUCCUAGUUUGAAAAACUUGUUGCCUUCCUCUGUUACCUUUAGUCACUUGACAUAUUUGGAGAUAAUGAAUUGCAAUGGGAUGAUAAACUUAAUUACAUCUCCUACGGCAAGAAGUUUGGUCAAACUCACAACAAUGAAGGUAAAAGAGUGCAAUUCACUUGAAGAAAUAAUGACCGGAAAGGGAGACGAGACAAUAUAUGACAUUGCAUUUAUCAGUUUGGAAAUAUUGAUGCUGGAAAGUUUGCCAAGUUUCAACAAAUUUUGCUCCAGUAAAUGCUUCUUAAGGUUUCCAUUGUUGGAAGAAGUAGUUGUGAGGGAAUGUCCUCGCAUGAAGAUUUUCUCGGAAGGAAACACAACCUCACCAAAUCUUCGGAAAGUGAAAAUAGAAGAAAAUAAUGAAAAAUGCCACUGGAAUGGGAACUUAAAUGAUACAAUAAAGAACAUGUUUGAAGAUAAGGUGGCAUUCUAUACUUUGAAACAUUUGAAAUUAUCUGAAUAUCCUGAGCUGAAAGAAUUAUGGCAUGGCCAACUUCAUAGCAAUGUAUUCAGCAAUUUGACCCAUCUAGUGGUUCAUAAUUGUGAUUUUUUAUCCGAAGUACUCUUCCAACUGAAUCUUCUAGAAGUUCUUAUGAACUUGGAAGAACUAGAUGUAAGAGAAUGUUAUUCAUUAGAAGCAGUGUUUGAUGUGAAAGGUAAAUCAGAAACAGAUAUUCAAGUGGAGAAUUCUACUCAGUUAAAAAAACUAAAAUUAUCCAGUCUUCCGAAUCUAAAGCAUGUGUGGAAGGAAGACCCACAUGGAAAUCUGAGCUUUCCGAAUCUACGUGAAGUAUCGGUUAUUGAAUGUGAAAUGUUAACAAGCCUCUUUCCACUCUCAAUAGCUAGAGAUAUGAUACAUCUUCAAGAUCUUGAAGUGCAUGAUUGUGGGGUUGAAGAAAUUAUUGCCAAGGACGAAGGAACAGUGGAUGAAAUUAAAUUUGAGUUCCCUCGUUUGACAUCCCUUGAACUUAUACGAUUGCAUAAUCUGAAGGCAUUCUUUACUGGGAUCCAUUCUCUUCAAUGUAAAUCCUUAAAAAGAAUAGUUGUGUUGCGUUGUGAAAAAUUGCAGUUAUUUAAGACACAACCUAUGAGCUACGAAGAGCGAGCCGGGGAUGACAAACUCCGUGUCUCAUCUAAUCAACCUCUUUUCACAAUUGAAGAGGUACUUGCUAAUGUGGAGCGGUUGACGCUGACUAAUAAAGAUUUUGACAUCAUAUUGCAAAGUCAGUAUUCAGGGGACCAUUUCACCGAACUCAAAAGAAUUUGGCUGAUAGAUUUCACCGAUGAAGAAGACACUUUCCCAUAUUGGUUCCUUAAAAAUGUACCCAAUUUGGAAUUGUUAAAGGUUGAAGGGAGUUCCUUCACAGAGAUAUUCCAAGACGGACCACUUAUAGGUGAGGAAAGACAAAUCAAAAUUAGCACAAGGCCUAAAGAGUUGGUAUUAAGUAAACUGCAUAAACUUCAACAUAUAUGUAAAGAAGGAUUCAAAAUCGACCCCAUUCUUCAACGUCUUGAACACAUAUAUGUUGUUCAAUGUUCCAGUUUGAUAAAUUUGGUGCCUUCCUCUGUUGCCUUUAACAACUUGACCUAUUUGGAGGUAGAAAACUGCAUAGGGCUGAUAAAUUUGAUAACAUGCUCAACAGCAAAAAAUCUGGUCAAGCUCACAACAAUGAAGAUAAAAGAGUGUUGUUUAUUUGAGGAUGUAGUGAAUGGAAAGGAAGAUGAGACAAACAAUGAGAUUGCAUUUUUCAAUUUGCAAACUCUAGAACUUAUUUCUUUACCAAGUCUGCACAGGUUUUGCUCAUGUAAGUGCUCCAUUAUGUUUCCAAAGUUAGAAGAAGUUGUUGUAAAAGAAUGCCCUCGAAUGGAAAUAUUUUCUUUGGGAGACACAAGCACACCUGAACUUGAAGAAGUACAAAUAGGAGAAAAUAAUAAUGAAUCUCGUUGGGAGGGUGACCUGAAUAAAACAAUAAAGACCUUGUUUGAAGAUAAGCUAAGGUUGCAUGUUACAGAGUCCAACAUUUGA